CUAGAGCACUCAGCUCAUACACCGAGGUCUGGAGUUCGAAUCUGCUCCGGUACUGCUGGAAAACAUUAGGAACGUGUUUCCAUAAGACGCAUUGCUGUCUCUGUUCACCCAUCAGUUUAAAAUGGGUACCUGGGUGUUAGUCGACGGGUGUGGGUCGCAUCCUGGAACGAAACUGACCUAAUUUUCCCGAAAUGCUCAGCAUAACAAGCGGCUUUCUAUAUAGUAGUAUAUCACUGAUGUCAACUACGUCUGUAUACCAUGUACAUGUACUUGUAAAUAUAUUAUAUUAUUAUUGCUAAAGAGUUAUGACGCGUUGUCGUUGUACGUGAUGCAGACGUAAACGACAACGCACCAGAGUUCGUGAGGAAGCUGCACGAGACGACGGUGGCUGAGAACACCGCGGUGGGCACGGAGGUGGUCCGGGUGAUGGCUACCUCGAGAGACAUCGGCAUCAACGCAGAGAUAUCCUACUCCAUCCAGCACACAACCAGGGAGAAGUACCUCCACAUACAUCCCAAGACUGGCGUCAUCAGCAUCGGGUCACCGGUUGACUUCGAGCGUGUACAGCAGGUUGUGGCGACGGUAGUGGCUACUGACGGAGGGACACCGCCGCUGUCCGCUACAGCCUUGGUCAAUCUUACCAUUACAGACGUCAAUGACAAUGCUCCGGUGUUCACGCUGCCCUCCUACACCGCCACCGUCAGGGAAGACGCUUUGCAGGGCGCCAGUGUUAUACAGAUCUCUGCCAGUGACAUUGACGCCGGGGUCAACAGCUUGGUCAGAUACAGUAUUCAGGGCGGUAACGACGACCACUGCUUCGAUAUCGACCACGACACUGGCAUCGUUACUGUCUUGAAGAAACUCGACAGGGAAAAGGUUGGUAAGUACGUGUUGAGAGUGAGCGCACGAGACCUGGGCACCCCGUCCAACGCUGCCACCACCCAGGUGGAGCUCAUCAUUGGCGACGUCAACGACAACCACCCAAUCUUCACCCAGGAGAACUACACUGUAGUGGUCCAGUUCACGGAGGCGGCUCCUCUCUCAUUUCCGCUUGUGAUCGUCUUUUGUCACGACUGUUUCUAUCAGGUUCAGAACGAGUACGUGGUGGAAGUGAGGGUAUGGGACAGUGGGUCACCGCCCCUGCACGCUGACACCCGCGUUGUGGUCACAGUAGUCGAGGAAUCUCGCUAUCCUCCCACACUCUUCCCCCUCACCACUACAAUCAUCAGUUACAGAAAUGCUUUUCCCGGGGGUAUCAUCGGUCGUGUCACCGCACUCGAUCAAGACCCUUAUGAUACUCUACAGUACUCCAUAGCACCAUAUCCUAGGGAGAUCAGUGCCAUUAAAUAUUUUGAUAUUGACGGUCAGGACGGCACGCUAGUGGCUCUUACGCCCCUUGACUCGGGUAAUUACAGUGUCAACGUAAGUGUGUCGGAUGGCAGGUACCAUCGUACUGCUCAGGCCACCGUCCGUGUCUUAGUUAUUACCGAAGAAAUGGUGGAGAACUCUGCGGUUGUUAGGAUAGGACCACUCUCCCCAGAUGAAUUCCUUUCAAGAUACCAGAAAGUUUUAGUGAGAGCAAUUGCAACUGAAUUUUCCAUUGUGGAAGAUUCAGUUGUGGUUAUCAGCCUUCAGCCUAAACUUUUGCAUUCUCACUCAAUGGAGAAAAUUGAUUAUAGUUCGCAGCGUUCAAAAAGAGAGAUCCAGAGAGGUUUAGACGUAUUGAUUGUCGUGAAGAAACCUGACAACUCAUUUUUCUUAAGAGAAGAGUUGCUUCAGCAGUUAAAACUAAAGAAAGCAGAAAUAAAGGAGAGACUUGGCUUGCAUUUACUGGCUGUGAUGAACUCCAUGUGUACAACAGAGACAGACUGCAGUGGCCAUGGAUCAUGUACUGAUGUCGUAGAGAUCAGUGACGACGUGUCUGUCCCGUUCAACACUCAACUCUCAAGUUUAGUAGCGCCAAAGUUCAUGCAAAAAGCUGGCUGUGUCUGCGAUCAGGGUUAUGGAGGCGGAGAGUGUGAAACCCUGGUGAAUGCUUGUGGUCACCGACCAUGUGCAGAGUAUGAGGAGUGUACGCCCACUGACGCAAGCACCAGAGGUUAUACUUGCCAGUGCCCCUCGGGGCGCGCCGGACCCUCCUGCCAAGUAGAUCUAACAAAAUGUCGCAACCCUUCAUGUCAUUAUCCGCUGAGGCCUUUGUCUUUCAGAGGCAAGAGUUAUGCGCAGUAUAAUGUGGCCAGACAAACCGAAAGCAGUUCUCUGGUGCUCAGCGUUUUCCUGCGUACCAGGAAUCCAGUGGGCACAAUUGUCUUCGUUGCAGGAGAUGUAGACUACAGUAUACUGGAGGUGGUUGGUGGUCACGUCCAGUACCGCUGGGAUUGUGGGAGUGGGGAAGGUCUGGUCAGAGUCUCAACCAUUAGAGUGAACAACGAUCAGUGGCAUUUUAUCAACCUGACUCGCGAAGGUACAAUCUCUACUCUUAGUGUGGAUGGUGAGAUAAGCUCGGGAGCGGCGCCUGGUGCUAAUGAUAUCUUAAAUAUGGAUUCAGACUUCAUGUAUAUAGGUGCCACCGUCAAAACUGAACGAACUUCUGGAAUGUCUUCCUAUUCCCAGAGUAGUCUUGGCUUCGUAGGCUGCCUCGACCAAAUUACCAUAGACGGCAUAGAGCUUCCUGUAAGUAUUACAGGAUCUUCAUCAGGUGGUGCUGUACUGAAACGUUUGGCAAAUGUUGAACUGCAGUGUCCUCAUACUUUGUCUCCUGCCGGCGUGUGUGGUUCAUACCCUUGCCUGAAUGGUGGCACCUGUAGUGAAAAUGGAAAAUCCUAUAAGUGCACUUGUCCUCCGCGUUUCACAGGUGCUCAGUGCCAGGUAGACACAGCACCUUGCUCUUCCUCGCCUUGUCUUAAUGGUGGAAAAUGUAUUGUUGUUGGCCACACGUAUAGUUGCCAGUGUGAGUCGAAAUUAAGUGGAAAACGUUGUGAAUAUGGAGUGUUUUGUAACCCUAACCCAUGUCAGAAUGGCGGCCGAUGUGAAGAAGGUGCUGACGGACCUAUAUGCAAAUGUCAGCACUUCACAGGUGCCAUGUGUCAGUUAGAUAUUGAUGAAUGUACUCGUAACCCCUGCCAGAGCGGAGGUACAUGUCUCAAUUUCUAUGGUGGCUUCAAAUGUAUAUGUUCGUCGAAUGUAACCGGCGAGUAUUGUACAGAGGCCAUAACCAAGCCACAGACCCCGUCCUCUCCCCUCAACAUCACCUUGGAAGAGCUUGUAUGCAUCUUGGCAGUCUUCCUGGGCUGCGUGGUGGCCAUGUUGCUGCUAGUGGCCUGGCAGCGACGACGCUGGAGACACAAGCGUCACCAGCAAAACAAUCGCAUCAAGCUCACCGACCACCACGUCAAGAAUGACCUCAAGGCCAAUGAUGCGCCCAAGAGAAAUUCCAAAAUUUGCAACGUGGAAGCUGACCAGCAGGGCCCUCCGCUGCCGCCGCGUCCGGCGUCCUACACCCCCAGCGGCACCGACUCCGUCAUACUCAACACACUCAAGCAUCUGGCAGACCUGUCCGCAGCGGGCCACGAAAGCCUGGAGCUGGAAACAUUGUCGAGGUGCUCCCAUGAGUUCCUCCAUAGCCUUAACAAGCCUGUGGUGGUGCCGCCCAACCUCUCACCGCCGCCUCCCUCCAACAGUGAUUCGGACUCGCUCCACAAGCCCUGGGACCACCACAACAACCUUAAUGACUCGUACUUCAUGCCCAUCAAGGAUGUAGGCUGUGACCUGGUGACCAACCUUGGAGAGACUCGCACAUCUCCCGGCCAGCAUUCACCUUUCUCGGACGACUCCUCAGUGCGUGGACGGAGGUCAACACCUCCAGCCGUGCCUCCUCUGCCCCUACCGUCUCUACUGAGUCGCCGGGGCAGGACAAAGCCCUGCCACCCUCUCGAAGUCGUCACCGUUGACAGUAACCAGCCCACUGGUCACCCUUCUUCCCCGCCCCUGGCUGCAGCAACUCGGAAACAAGAUACAGGUCGCGCUGCGGAUAAUGCUGGGUUUCAGGGUCCUUAUGAAGCCUUCCCUCCGACAGAGGCCAAGAAGAAAGGCUACCACUGGGAUGACUACGAUAUGCAUGGCUCCCGGACCCUCGUAAGCGGUGGCGAAGGUGCUGUCGCUGCCACUCCCGACCUGCUGCUGCUGCCUGAGGAUGUUCCUAUUGAGCCUUCACCAUCUGAAGAUGGCACCAUGGAGGGCCUGCCUCUCCUGUCUGGGAGUGGUUAUGAUCCAAGGGUGGCUACUAAUGCUGAAGAAGAAACAGCUGCCACCCCGCUGCUAUCCGUGGAUGCCAGAGAUACCCAAGAACUUCCUGAUGACGAAGACGAUGACUCUGAUGAUGAUGAUGACCCAUGUAGCUUUGAAGAGAUUCUACUUGCCAACAAUAUCUCCCUCGGCUCAACUCCAGAACUUGACCUGGACAUCACCUCAAAGUAUAACAUUGUGUCAGACAUUGAAGAUGAUUAUCCAGAGCUAUCCACAAAGAUCUCCAACGUGCCUUGUAGUACCGAGGAGGACGUCAGCCGACUGGGUAGCCCCAGGAGUCGACGUCCCUUCCACCGCAUGGAUUAUAGUCGCGUGUCUGAUCUCUCCUUCCUCUCAGCCCUCGAGGAGGAUGAUGUAGACGACUCCCUUUCAGAACUUCAGGAUUCUGACUACGAUCCAGCAGAGAAGCCCACUGACCAACAGACUGCUACACUCAUUCAGACGUCACUCUCAGAGGUAUUCUUAUAGUCUUGUAAUAUAGCCACUUAUCAGUCUUUGAGGGCCGGUAAACAACCAAGGACUAUUUCAAUGAAGACAGUAUUUUGUGGGGAAAAUUGAAGUGCAGUGAAUGACUGGAAAACGUUGUUGUUCCGUGUCCCAUGGGAUUCCUUAUAAACUCCUGGUGCUGUGUUUGACCAAAUCCUUUGUUUUGGACUUCCGCUGUCACUGAUCGAACAAAGGGCUUAGUAUCAUUUUUAGCCAUCAGAACUGAUUUCCUGCCACACGAGGCAUAGACUGUGAAUAAUGAUAAUCAAUUUUGUAUAAGAGGCUAUUUCCUAAAUCCUUUAUUCGAAACGCCGUUCAGGAGUACAUGUUGCCAGAACGAUGAUGAAGCAUUGCUGGAGCGUUGAUAAAGCAUUGUUGGAACGAUGAUGAAGCAUUGCUGGAACGUUGAUGAAGCAUUGCUGGAACGUUGAUGAAGCAUUGCUGGAACGUUGAUGAAGCAUUGCUGGAAUGUUGCGUCGGUGCCUUGCGGUUCAGUGUCGAGUUGUAGUAGACUGAUCCUAGAUGUAUUCCUUUUCUAUUUUCUGACUGAAUAUUAGCGUUUCUCGGACCUAUCAAUUUUCAGAUUUACUACUUUCAUAACAUUGCUGGUGCAUUUAUGGAGUGUGUGUAGACACGAUUAAGUGAUAAAUCUUGCCGCUUUGCCGAAAUAUAGAUACAUUCAGUUAUCCUUUGCUUGGAAUACGUCGGUGUAAGAAUAUGGUUUGACUACCAUAUGCAUUUCAUGGCAGUUCAUUUUUUUUUCAGUCUGACAGUCUCUGUGAAAUUUAAAAAAAAAAGACAAACUAAUUUUCCCAUUAAAAUUUGUACUUUCUAUGGGUAUUAUUAUUAUAUUAUUAUUAUUAUUACGUACUGAAAUCAUGGACCUCCCACAUCAUGUUAUGAUGAAAGGACAUAAGUGUGUUUCCUGUUGUCUUAGUCGAUGUGGAUAUUUUUGGUGUAAAAUAAAAAGAAAAAGCUUUAUAUAUGGAAAGAGCUAAAGUCUUAUCCAUUUUUUUUUUCAUGUGUGUUUGCUGCUGUGUACUUCCAAAUUUUCAGCUGUAAAGAAAAUGCUUGCAGAUUUAAAAUUACACAGAGGUGGACUGGGUGUCGCAGUGCACUUCAGGUGCCACACUUCACAUCAACCCUUCAUGUUAAUCAUGUCAGCAGCGAAGUUAAAAUUGCUGGAAUUUUAUGGACGAGUUCAUUCUUUUAAAAAGACAGACACUGGUGUUUCAUGGGAUACAGGUGUGUCACUGUCAUGAGAUGCACGUGUCACUGUCAUGGGAUACAGACGUGUCACCGUCAUGGGAUACAGGUGUGUCACUCAUGAGAUACAGACGUGUCACUGUCAUGGGAUACAGGUGUGUCACUGUCAUGAGACAUAGCUGUAUUACUGGCAUGAGAUACAAGUGUGUCACUGGCAUGAGAUACACUUGUCACUGUCAUGGGAUGCAAAUGUGUUACUGUCUUGAGACACAGAUGUAUCACUGGCAUGAAAUACAAGUGUCACUGUCAUGGGACACAUGAAGCCUGUAUUACGGUGCUCUCCUCCACAUGUUUCAUUAGUCUUCAUAACGCAUUUCCUCUGAACUAGUCAUUAUUUGAUACAGAGUAGAAAAAGUGCCUAUACAACAGAUCAUAAUUAUUAUAAUAACAGGAUAAACCAUGCACAAAGGCCCUUCAGAGUUAUUCAACGGGAUAUAUAGAUAUACAUACAUACAUACAUAUUUUUGCAUCUUUUGAAUAACCAAGUGUCUCUCGCAUAGUUUUGUAUAGAUUUCAUUUACCAUCAUGCAGUUCAUUUUAGAAAUCUGUGAAGAGUGUAUAAAAAAAUAUUUAUUGGACAAAUAACACGUGCUAAAUCACUAAUAUUAUAUAUAUAUAUAUAUAUAUAUAUAUAUAUAUAUAUAUAUAUAUAUAUAUAUAUAUAUAUAUAUAUAUAUACUCUUUCAUCAUGCAAAAUGUGGCCGUUGUUGUCAUGGAUUAUCCUAACAUUAGUUCAGGCGGCUUGACAGUGUUUUGGAGAAAUAAUUAUAAAUAACAUGAUAGCUUAUUUGUAUACUAAACAUUAGCAUUAAAUAUUUUGUGUGUUGUACCGUUUAUAUUCAAAGAAAUUAGAAUGAUUGGCAAGUUAAAAUAACUGAGGAUGGUGUCACGAUAUAAAGUAUUUUUGUAAAAAGAUCUUGUGUAAAUAAACUUCUUGUCCCAGA